GUGGCAUCGUUCCCGAGGCAAAACCCAAAAAAGGACAAAAGAAGCCACCAUGAGAGAAAAGCCAAGGGAGCCACACAGAUUCAGAGACACAAAAAGCAACGAAAUUUAACGAAUUGGGGUUCUGGGUCCGAUCUGGAUCGGAAAAUAAUCCAAGAGUUGAGUUGAGAUCGAAACGGUGCGCUGCAUCUGCAUGAAGGUGGGGUUGUUGAGGCUGGAGGAGGAGGAGGAGGAAGAGAGAGCGUGAUUCCGAAACUAUGUCUGCCGUAGUGUGCGGGAAGAGAUCAUCGAUAUUCGAAGAGCAGCUCCCCUCAUCAACGUCAUCGUCUCCUCCCGUUUCCUCCAAGAGAAUUCGCUUUUCUUCUUCUUCUUCUUCUCCAGUACGCUUCUCCCCUCCCUCGACGACGUCGUUUCGUUCGUCCUUCAUCGACCAGCUCAGGGCCGUUUUCCCGGACAUGGAUAAUCAGCUUCUGGAGAGAGCACUUGAAGAAUGCGGUGAUGAUUUGGAUUCAGCUAUCAGAAGUUUGAAUGAGCUGCGCUUAAGUUCUGCUGCAAAUAAAUCCGGUGUAGCAUCAGAAGCAAAUGUGCAACCCCAGGCACAAGGUGCAUUAGCAACAAAUGGAGAAGUUUCUGGUAAUGAUGAUCUAUCAGGACAAAAUAACCUGCCCACGCAAGGAGCCGACUGGGUGGAGCUCUUUGUUAGAGAGAUGAUGAGUGCCUCCAACAUGGAUGAUGCUAAAGCCCGUGCUUCAAGUGUGCUUGAGGUCUUGGAGAAAUCCAUCUGCUCACGUGCAUCCACAGAGGCAGCCCAAAGCUUUCACCAGGAAAAUUUGAUGCUGAAGGAACAAAUGGAAGCUCUUAUUCAGGAAAAUACAAUCCUGAAGCGAGCUGUAUCCACUCAGCAUGAACGUCAAAAAGAGUAUGAAGAUAGAGGCCAGGAAUUGGAGCAUCUGAAGCAAGUGGUGGCCCAGUACCAGGAACAACUGAGAACUCUUGAGGUGAACAACUAUGCACUUACGAUGCACCUGAAGCAAGCUCAGCAAAGCAGCUCCAUUCCGGGGCGAUUUCACCCUGAUGUGUUCUAAAUAGAAAAGAAGAUUAAUUGAAAUGGCUUUGCCGAUAGAUUAUCUGCUUUGGUAUGGUGCUGCUAUUUAUAUGAAGGCACUUCAUUCUGUAUUAUGCCGUGUUAUCUGGACAACGGCUAUGUAGCGGCUUUCUUCUCUACUGAUGAAGACACGGAUAGAGUUUCAUUCAAAUACAAUGUCAAGGAUUUGUUCUCGUUGCCAUUUGGCCCAUCACUGCGUUUAAUUUGGAGUAACUUUCAUAUUUGUUUUCUAGUUUAUAGAGUAACAUUAGUAAUUCAAUUGUAUCUCCUUUAUACUUCAAUGGAGGAAAUUUAUGCUUUUAGUUCC